CGGGGCCCCGGGGAGGCGCGGCGUGCGGCGGCCGCCAAGCAUGGUAACAUGAACGGCGGAGCGUGAGCGCGGCUGCCCAUCCCCGGCCGAGAUUGAUGGGCUGCUCGCGUCCCGCGCGCGGGAGCACGUUGGGCCGAGCCGCCGCCACUUCCUGGCUGGACGCCGCUGACAUCUGUAGCCUCGCCCGGGCGCCGAGCGCCGCCUGCCCGGGGCUCCCGGGACCGCGCGCGACCUGAGCUCCGGGGCUCCGCGCUCUCCGCAGCCCGGUCCGGCGCGCACGCUGGCGCCUGGGCCAGUGCGGCCGGAGUCCAGAUGUCCAACUUCCCUCGGAAGCCUGCAGAUGGGUGCUGAGCACACAACAAAAGUUUUCUUGUUUUGUUUUGUUUUUUAGCUUCUGCUCAGUUUCUGGUGCUUCACAGGGGCCAGGAAAAAAAAAAGACUUUGGCAUUAAACUUCAGCAGCAGUUGAGGGGACCAUCUCCUUUAACUUUUCUUCUCUGUUAUCGUUGGCGAUGAAGAGGAAACAGAAGAGAUUUUUGCAGAUGACUUUGGUAUUCACGGUGGCUUUAAUUUUCCUGCCCAAUAUUGGUCUCUGGUCUCUGUACAAGGAUAAGCACCUGGUGAAAUCUACAGAGCCCGGGGAACAGCAGACAUUUCCACUGGGCCUGGGAGAUGGGCAAUUCUAUUCAUGGACAGAUGGUUUGAGAAGAAAGGACUGGCAUGACUAUGAAAGCAUCCAGAAAGAGGCUAUGCGCUCAGGAAAAGGUGAACAUGGAAAGCCUUAUCCCCUCACCGAAGAGGACCACGAUGACUCAGCCUACAGGGAAAAUGGUUUCAAUAUUUUUGUCAGCAACAAUAUUGCUCUAGAGAGGUCCCUGCCAGAUAUUCGACAUGCUAACUGUAAGCACAAGAUGUACCUGGAAAGACUACCGAACACCAGCAUCAUUAUCCCGUUUCAUAAUGAAGGUUGGACGUCACUCCUACGGACCAUUCACAGUAUCAUUAACCGGACCCCCGAGACACUGAUAGCAGAAAUCAUUCUGGUAGAUGACUUCAGUGACAGAGAACACUUGAAGGAUAAAUUAGAAGAAUACAUGGCUCGAUUUUCCAAAGUGAGGAUUGUUCGCACCAAGAAGAGGGAAGGGCUAAUCCGGACCCGACUCUUAGGCGCCUCUAUGGCCAGAGGAGAGGUCCUGACUUUCCUGGAUUCCCAUUGUGAGGUCAACGUGAACUGGCUGCCCCCUCUCCUCAACCAAAUUGCGCUAAACCACAAGACCAUCGUGUGCCCCAUGAUCGAUGUCAUUGACCACAAUCACUUUGGGUAUGAGGCACAAGCUGGGGAUGCCAUGCGUGGAGCCUUCGACUGGGAAAUGUACUACAAGAGAAUCCCCAUCCCUCCCGAACUCCAGAGGGCAGAUCCCAGCGACCCAUUCGAGUCUCCUGUAAUGGCUGGCGGUCUCUUUGCUGUGGAUCGAAAAUGGUUUUGGGAGUUGGGUGGCUAUGAUCCAGGUUUAGAAAUCUGGGGAGGAGAACAGUAUGAAAUCUCCUUUAAGGUUUGGAUGUGUGGAGGAGAAAUGUUUGAUGUGCCAUGUUCUAGAGUUGGUCAUAUCUACAGGAAAUACGUCCCUUAUAAAGUUCCAUCUGGGACCAGCUUGGCAAGAAACCUGAAGCGGGUGGCUGAGACCUGGAUGGACGAAUUUGCUGAGUACAUUUACCAGCGGCGCCCCGAGUACCGGCACCUUUCCACGGGUGACAUCUCGGCACAGAAGGAACUGAGGAAGCAGCUCAAGUGCAAGGACUUCAAAUGGUUCAUGGCUGCCGUGGCCUGGGAUGUGCCUAAGUACUACCCACCUGUGGAGCCCCCGCCCGCUGCCUGGGGAGAGAUUCGAAAUGUGGCAGCCAACCUCUGCAUUGACAGCAAGCACGGGGCCACAGGGACCGAGCUGAGGCUGGACAUCUGUGUCAAGGAUGGAUCUGAGAGGACAUGGUCUCAUGAGCAGCUCUUCACAUUUGGAUGGAGAGAAGAUGUUCGACCUGGUGAGCCACUGCACACGCGGAAAUUCUGCUUCGAUGCCAUCUCACACAAUAGCCCGGUCACUCUCUACGACUGCCAUGGCAUGAAGGGCAACCAGUUCUGGGGGUACAGGAAGGACAGAACGUUAUUCCAUCCCGUGAGCAACAGCUGCAUGGAUUGCAACCCCGCAGAGAAGAGAAUUUUCAUGGCCAGAUGUGAUCCUCUCUCUGAGACUCAGCAGUGGAUUUUUGAACAUAUUAAUAUGACUGUUUUGGAACAUUUUAACCACCAUGCCAGCGCCUAGAAAGAAGGAAGCAAGAAAGAGUGAUUACCUACAGAUUGUUUCAAACUACGUAACAGCCAGCAUCUGGGUCCAAGGAGUCAGGAAUAACAUUUCCUAGAUCCAGGAAGCCUGGUUUAAAGAUUUGUAAAUGCCAUGUCAAAGGAGGAUGUCCUGAAGAAUUUCCUGCAUCUGAAGAACUUGGCUGAGAACCUCACCAGCUGCUUCUGAGAACUUGACACUAGCAGUUCCCUUGCUGGCCAAGGGCAAAGAUUAUUUAGGGACUUUUCGAAACAACUGCUGAGUUAAUCAAUCCUAGCCUUUCUCAGGUCAAAUCCUGCAGUAGUGAGUAGCUAUGAAUGGAUCCUACUAUUGGGCGGGAGGGGGGUAGAAAUGGAGCGCAUGUCAGCUCUGACAGCUGAGGAUUCGGCAGGUGUAGAACUAGCCACACAGACACGGGGUGAACUGUCCUCUUCGGUGCCAUUCUCUGAUUAAGAAGGGGUUAAGCAGGUUUAACCCUUAAAAGUGCUGCAGAUGAUUUUAGAGUGCUCAUACCAUUCUGUUUUCAUGUUUUUGUUUUUGUUUUUUCCCAGUUUGGGGGGCACACUAGUUCAUGUAACAGAUCACAGAACGAAAUGGACUUCGAAGAUACCCAUUUUUUUGUAUUCACCUUUGCUGUUUCCUUUCAGAGCAGAGGUGAUUUCCUGUUCAUAAAAUGUUUGCACCACAAAUCAGCUGAAGUUCUAAUUCAGUGCCCCUUGUAUGAAUCCAGUUAAAAAUAACAACAAACUAUGCUACCAAGUUACUCCAAAGAGAAAGAUUUUACAGAAGCAGCAAAAUCAUGUAAGAUUUAGGAGAAGGAUUUCUAUUUUUACUUUUUUAUUAUUUUUUAGAAUUUUAAAGUCUGAUGUUUGUUCAGUCAUAAUUUUUAUUAGGGAAGGAAAUGGAGUGAAGUUGAUGUAAUUUAUUGAGGAGAUUCUUAAGCCCAAAUAAAUCUACACUCCAAGUGAUAUCUGAAAAUGGCUUGGUUCACUUCAAUUCUUUUGUACCAGUGCUGGGGGCAAAAACUGGCUUAAUUUGUUGGGUUCAAAUAUUUUCCCCUUGGUUUUAUAUUGCUCAUAUCAAUGAUACCAUUGUUCUAUUUGGAAGCACAAAGAACAAACUUCCAUCAAUAAAUUGCUUCUGACACCACUUUCUGUUAAUGGGACAAUAUAUCAGGGGUGCAGAAAGAAAUGAUUUAAAAACUACAUAUAACAC